UUGACCAGGGCGUUCGUCGUGCUGUUGUUGUCACGGUUUUUAGUGUUGCUGUAGUGAUGUUGGAGUUGGAACUGACCUGGGGGGAGAGGGUGUUAGUGCAGGAGAGUGUUGUCCAAUACGGAUGACUGUAGAUGAAGUUCCACAACACCAACAGUGCCUCAAAACGCCACACCCCACAAGCACCAAAACAAACCAAACAAACUCAUCGGUACGUCCACACACAUACAAACAUUGUCACACCCCACCACACGCUCGGACGCACAAACAUCACCGUGCGUGUACAAGAGCGGGGCCAGGGCUAAACAAAUACCCAAGCACCCAAGUCGCAAGCAAAUCAUGCACCCAGCAGCCAGGUCACUGGGACGGACCGUUUCUACCACCUACCGUCUACCAUCUAGCAUCU